AAAACCCAAAACGUCAAAAAAGUUUACGUAGCGAGGUUAGAAGUUGCGAAAUAGUUUUAAUUAAUUUAUUUAUUACAUAAAACUAAUCGUAAAAUUACAUUAAAGUUACUAAAACAUACAGAGAAACUUAUUAUUUGUGAUUAUAUUAAAAGUUACUCUUCAACAAAGCUAAAUACUAGGCGAUGAGGCAAAUCCUUUGCCAGUAUGUAUUCAGUUCGUUUCUGAAAUCCACGAUGAGAAGUCACACGUACAUUGAUUCCUUGGGCUCGGCCAGGAUAAUGGCCCAGAUCCUGGAUGGGAAGGCCCUGGCCAAAGAUGUGAAGGAUGAGUUGAAAACAAAAAUCGAAAACUGGGUGAAUCUUGGCCACCGGGCACCAAGUCUGCGCUGCAUAAUAGUUGGAGAUGACCCGGCCAGCCACACCUACGUCCGUAACAAAGUAGCAGCGGCCAAGUAUGUUGGCAUUGACGCUGCAACUAUCAAGUAUGAAGAAACUAUGUCUGAAGCAGCGUUGAUUGAAGCGAUCCAAGCGCUAAACGCUGAUGAAGCCAUAGAUGGUAUAUUAGUCCAACUACCUGUGCCUCAAUCUAUGGAUGAAAGGAAGGUUUGCAACACUGUGGCUCCGGAAAAGGAUGUUGAUGGCUUCCAUAUCAUCAACGUUGGACAACUGAGCUUGGAUAUGCCGACUAUUGUGCCUGCCACUGCCCUUGCUGUUAUUGAGAUGCUCAAAAGAUUCAAAAUUGAGACAUUCGGCCGCAACGCUGUCGUCGUUGGUCGGUCAAAGAAUGUUGGGAUGCCGAUUGCCAUGAUGCUGCAUUCUGACAAGAAGCACGACAGUGGCCUGGGAAUGGAUGCUACCGUCACGAUAUGUCACCGCUACACACCGAAGGAAAAACUGGACUUCUAUUGCCGUAAUGCUGACAUCAUUGUCACAGCUACAGGUAUUCCCAGUCUUAUCAAAGCAGAUAUGGUGAAGCCAGGUGCCACGGUGAUCGACGUUGGCAUCACAAGAGUGACAGACGAGGUCGGAAACACCAAGCUCGUUGGUGAUGUUGACUAUGAAGAAGUGAAAAAAGUCGCCGGUGCAGUCACUCCGGUGCCCGGUGGUGUUGGCCCGAUGACAGUUGCAAUGCUCAUGCAAAACACAUUCCAAGCCGCCCAAAACCUUCGCAACAAAACUCUGCUGCAGUAAGUCAGUUUCUACCUACGUGCCAUAUCUGCAAUUAUCUGAUCUAUUGUCGUUUAGUAUUGAAUCUUAUUUUAAGUGCAAUAGAAACUAUUAUUAGAUGUUGGUAUGCAUUUAUAUUUUGUUAUUGGUAUACAGUCAAGUUCAUGUCGUUGAUUUU